AUGCAAAAACUCAUUCUUAGAGUGCCGAACGGAGCAAGGUGGGGCAAAUGGAGGGAUUUUCAAUUCUGUUAUAAAAGUUAUGCUAAAGGAUUUUCAUUGAAGGUGCAGCCCUACCAGGGCUUCUUCUUUGAUGAUACUUCCCUAAACGGCAUUCGCCUGCAUUGCUCAGAUGGCUCCAUGAUCACAUCCACAGUGGGACCGGAUGGUACCUGGUCUAAAGCAAAGACAUGCAAAAAGUCUGGCCACCUGACUUCAUUCUCGCUCCGAGUGCAAGCAACAGCACCAUUUGAGAAUACAGCCGCCAACAACAUCAAGUUUAAGUGCACAGAUGGAAGUGAACUGGAAGGAGAUGGACACGCAUGGGGCAAAUAUGGCCCAUGGAGUCAGUCAUGCAAAAAGGGUGGUAUUUGUGGGAUUCAGACAAAGGUGGACGUACGUAUGUGGUAUGAAAAUCCGCCGUAUCGACGCAGAAGUUUCUUAAGGGAUCUCACUGGACUCAAUGAUGUAAAGUUUGUAUGUUGCAAUUGA